AUGGUGCUAUUGCAUGUUAAACGCGGCGAUGAGAAUCUUUUUCUCUACGACACCAGUGUCGACGAGAACACCACUGACGUUAUAAGAGAGGUAACAGCGAUUUAUAACGGUCGCUUGAAGGUGUAUCGCGUUUGUUCGGAAAUCGAGGAACUCAUCGAAUAUGGCACCAUGUUGCCACCCGAAAUGAUUGGCCUGACCGAUGAGCAAAUCGUCGAAUUGAAGUUGAAAGAUAUCUGGGGUGAGAAGUGUAUACCGGCUGGAGGUUUUGUUAUGAACAAAGAUCCACUGGGUCGACGCAAUGGUCAGCAGCCGCAAGAGAAAAUGCGUGAGAUAUUAAAAAAGGCAAUGGAAGAUGCAAAAAGUUUCAUAGACAAGAAAUUAGUGUCGGCUCAUCAGCCUUUGAAUUUGAAAAAUGUCACCGAGGCUUUGAAUUUAUUACGUGGUGCUGUCACCAUAGUUUAUCCGAUGCAGCUGCCACCACACGAUAUUAUACGUAUGGAAUUCUGCAAUACCGAGGAUUUAAGUGGCACACAAGCUUCACGCGAAGUUAUCGAAACGGUUAAGGCUCAACUAUGGUUUGCUGGCAAACAAAUUCUGCCCGAUAGGAAGCUACAUCACUAUGUCGGCAAGAAUGACAAGACCAAAGUCGUUGUAAAACUGAAUAAGCAAGGUGAAGGUCCACCGAGUCGUGAAGCCGUAUUAACGGAGGAUAUACGUAAACGUAUGAUGGCCGAUGCCUAUCGCCGGCAAGAGGAGCUUAAGAUAAAUAAUAGAGAAAAUCUCAAGCGGCCCAUACGAGAAAUUGUCAUAGCGGGUAUAGAAUUGCUCGGCUUGUACGCACUUAAAUGCAAGGAAACGGAUACCGAAUAUGUUCUUCCCAACUAA